AUGCUCCGUCAAGUCAAACCCCGCAAUGCCCGCUCCAAGCGGGCCCUCGAGAAGCGCGAGUCCAAGGUCAACGAGAACCCCAAGACAUGCCUCUUCCUCCGCGGAACGACGUGCUCGCAGAUUGUCCAGGACGCCCUCAACGACCUGCACCAGAUGCGCCAGCCGCUGGCAAAAAAGUUCACCAAGAAGAACCCCAUCCACCCCUUCGACGACGCCACGUCGCUCGAGUUCUUCUCGGAGAAGAACGACGCAAGUCUGCUCCUCUUUGGCAGCAGCCAGAAGAAGCGCCCGCACACCCUGACCUUUGUCCGCACCUUUGGGUACAAGACCCUCGACAUGCUCGAGCUCUACCUCGACCCCGAGAGCUUCCGUACCAUCUCCCAGUUCAAGACGAAAAAGUUCGCCAUCGGACUGCGCCCCAUGCUGCUGUUUGCCGGCACCGCCUUUGAGAGCCCCGUCUCCAACGAGUUCACCCUCGCAAAGAGCAUGUUUAUCGACUUCUUCAAGGGCGAGCCCAGCGACAAGAUUGACGUCGAAGGUCUUCAGUACAUCGUCUCCAUCAGCGCCGAGGAGAGCACUGGUGAAGGUGACGCCAAGCCUGCCAUCCACCUGCGUGUCUACACCAUCAGCACCAAGCGAAGCGGUCAGCGCCUGCCGCGCGUCGAGGUCGAGGAGAUUGGUCCUCGCAUGGAUUUCCGCGUUGGUCGUAUCCGUGAGGCUGAUGAGUCGAUGCUCAAGGAGGCCAUGAAGAAGCCCCGCGGCCUCGAGGAGCGCACCAAGAAGAACAUCACGACCGACGCCAUGGGUGACAAGAUUGGUCGCGUGCACCUGGGCAAGCAGGAUCUGAGCGAGCUGCAGCUCCGCAAAAUGAAGGGUCUGAAGCGCAGCCGCAAGGAGAAGGAGGAGGAGGAACGGGAUAGGAUAAAGCAAUAG